AAACACAGAGUGUGCAAAGCAACAAAAGAAUCCACACACAACCGGGAGAAAAAGCCAUGCCAGGCUACAAAAAGAGAUGGAAAUCAAAAGGAAAGCACCGAUCCACAAGAUUGACCUUUGGGAUGAAGCUCAUAAGAAAAAAGAUGGCAAUUACACAAGCGACAAUGUGAAGACAAUAAUGGAUGCAGCUAAUGAGGAGUUAAAAAAAAGGAAAAUGGAUCACAAUGGUAGCCUUUCCACUGACGAUUACAGUGAGGCCUUUAAAGGUGCACUUGCUGAAAAGGCAAAACUUCGAGGUUACUAUGAUGAAAAGUAUUGGAGCGGAGUAAAUGUUUCUCAAGGAAUAACUUUUGUUGGGAAGUCUGAUCAAGACAAUCUUCAGUUUGAAGUACGCAUGGUCAAAGAUAAUGUAGAAGAUGUCAAAGAUGAUGUAAAGGACGUCAAAGGUGAUGUAAAGGACGUCAAAGGUGAUGUAGGGGAUGUUAGAGGUCAGCUGGCUAUGAUUGCUGCAUUCCUUGCCAAAAAGUUUCCUGGAGAGAGUUUGAGAAAUGAAGUGGAUUCUCCAACAGAAAAUUAUCAAGACACUCUACCUAAAAGAGAUAACCAUCUCCAGUGUGAAUCUUAUAAUGUCCUCAAACAAUCAAAUAAUGAUGUGCAGGAGCCACGAACUACAAUGCAGGAGCCGCAACAAACCAAAUCAAAAGAGGGUUGUGGCAGUGCACCUUUACCACAUGAACAUGUGAUCACUAAGAAUGCCCAUGCUGAAAAUAAUCUUGCCGUGCAGCAAGGUGGUCCUGAACCAAGUUUACGACUUCACCAAGUUACUAAGCAGGAUAAAGUUGAAGUCGUGUUGUAUUCAAUGAACUCGAGAAACAAAGACAAACUCGUGGCCAAAGGAACUUUAGCCAGUAAAGAGAAAACAUAUGUGGUUGGAGGAAGCAUGCUUGGUGUGGAAUACGUUGCAGUUCUUGUUCGCGGUUGUACAUAUCUAGGAGAUGAGAAACUAGUUAGACCAUAUGAAAAAUUCCAAACAGUAAGGGAUGCUAUGGGUUCUGUUAUUGCUUGGCCUCGCUCACAUGUAAAAAUAGUUAGGCCAACUCCUCCAGCACAACCAGAAAGCAUUGGGCGGUGA